AAUCCCGUGCCUGUGAGGCGAGGGGCAGUGGUUGCUACUCCGGCUGUGUCUGCCGGGGUCGGGUCUGUCAUGGCGCUGGAGACCCUGUCCCCGGACUGGGAGUUUGAUCGCGUCGACGAUGGUUCUCAGAAAAUCCAUGCUGAAGUGCAGUUGAAGAAUUAUGGGAAAUUCCUUGAGGCUUACACUUCCCAGCUGAAGAGGAUUGAAGAUGCACUGGAUGACUCUGUGGGAGAUGUUUGGGACUUUAAUCUUGAUCCCAUUGAAUUAAACCUUCUGCCUUAUGAACAGUCUUCCUUACUUGAACUCAUAAAGACAGAAAACAAGGUUCUAAACAAAGUCAUCACUGUGUAUGCAGCCCUUUGCUGUGAAAUCAAGAAGCUAAAGUAUGAGGCAGAAACAAAAUUUUACAAUGGCCUCUUGUUUUAUGGAGAAGGAGCUUUGGAUUCCAGUAAAGUAGAAGGAGAUAGUCAAAUACAAAUGGGAAGGUUUAUUUCAUUUUUACAGGAGCUGUCUUGUUUUGUGACACGGUGCUAUGAAGUAGUGAUGAAUGUAGUGCAUCAGCUGGCUGUCCUUUAUACUAGUAACAAGAAUUCCCCUAAAGUUAUAGAGACAUCAGGAGUUCAUUUUCAGGCUAUGUAUGAGCAUCUGGGAGAGCUACUGACUGUUUUACUCACAUUGGAUGAGAUAAUAGACAAUCACACCAUGCUGAAAGAUCACUGGACCAUGUACAAAAGGUUGUUAAAGUCUGUACAUCACAAUCCUUCCAAAUUUGGUGUCCAGGAGGAUAAACUGAAGCCAUUUGAGAAACUGCUAUUAAAACUGGAAAGCCAGUUAUUGGAUGGGAUGAUAUUCCAGGCUUGUAUAGAGCAGCAGUUUGAUUGCCUCAAUGGCGGCGUCUCAGUGUCAAAGAACAGCUCUUUUGCAGAGGAGUUUGCACAUAGUAUUCGCACAAUUUUUGCCAAUGUUGAAGCUAAGCUUGGUGAACCCUCCGAAAUUGACCAGAGAGAUAAGAGUCACAUUGAAGAUUUGUGGGCUGUUUGUACACUACAUUUCCAAGGGUUUCAGAAUUUUGAGAUGGUAGACAAGAGAAAUUUACACAAAUGCGUUCUGGACAUUUGCAAAAAGGUGCCAGCUAUCACACUUACGGCUAAUAUAAUUUGGUUUGCUGAUAACUUUCUGAUCCAGAAAAUGCCAGCUGCCGCCAAGCUUCUAGAUAGGAAAAGCCUUCAUGCCAUUAAAGCACACAGGGAAAGUUUUCUACAACACAAGGCUCAGUCGCUUACCAAAGAAAUGCAGUCAUACUAUGUGUUUGUGAGCUCAUGGAUGAUGAAAAUGGAAUCUAUUUUGUCAAAGGAACAACGAAUGGAUAAGUUUGCUGAAGAUCUCACCAACAGGUGCAACAUUUUUAUACAGGGUUUUCUGUAUGCUUACAGCCUUAGUAACAUCAUUAAAACUACAAUGAAUCUACACAUGUCAAUGCAGAAGCCAAUGACUAAAACUUCAGUUAAAGCGUUGUGCAGGCUUGUGGAACUUCUUAAAGCAAUAGAGCAUAUGUUUUACAGAAGAAGUAUGAUCGUUGCUGAUUCAGUCACCCACAUAGUUCAGCAUCUUCAGCAUCAGGCUCUGAAUGCUAUUUCUGUAGCCAAGAAAAGAGUAAUUUCUGACAAAAAAUACAGUGAGCAACGCCUUGAUGUACUCUCUGCUCUUGUAUUGGCUGAAAACACCCUCAAUGGUCCUAGCACAAAACAGAGACGGCUGAUCAUUUCCCUUGCUCUCAGUGUUGGCACUCAAAUGAGAACUUUUAAAGAUGAAGAACUCCUGCCUCUUCAAGUAGUUAUGAAAAAGCUGGCCUUAAUCAGUGAACUUCAAGAAAGAGUUCGAACACAAUGUGACUGCUGCUUCUUGUACUGGCAUAGAACUGUGUUUCCAAUUUAUCUGGAUGAUGUCUAUGAAAAUGCAGUAGAUGCUGCCAGGUUACAUUACAUGUUCAGUGCAUUGCGGGAUUGUGUACCAGCUAUGAUGCACUCAAGGCACUUGGAAUCCUAUGAGAUGCUUCUGGAGAGCUAUGACAAAGAAAUCAUGGAUGUUUUAAAUAAGCACCUUCUGGACAAGUUAUGUAAGGAAAUAGAAAAGGACCUUCGUCUCUCUGUGCAUACCCACUUAAAGCUGGAUGACAGAAAUCCAUUCAAAGUUGGAAUGAAGGAUCUUGCCCAUUUUUUCUCUUUGAACCCAAUCCGCUUUUUCAAUCGGUUUAUAGAUAUCAAGGCCCAUGUGACGCACUACUUAGACAAGACUUUCUACAAUCUAACUACAGUGGCUCUGCAUGACUGGGCUACAUAUAGCGAAAUGAGAAAUUUAGCAACUCAACGCUACGGCUUAAUAAUGACCGAAGCACAUCUACCUAGUCAGACUCUAGAACAGGGUCUUGAUGUUCUGGAAAUCAUGAGGAACAUUCAUGUAUUUGUAUCUCGUUACCUCUACAAUCUGAAUAACCAGAUCUUCGUUGAGAGAAUCAGCAAUAACAAGCAUUUGAAUACUAUAAAUAUAAGGCACAUUGCUAACUCAAUUCGAACACAUGGCACAGGGAUCAUGAACACAACAGUAAAUUUCACAUACCAGUUCCUGAGAAAGAAAUUUUAUAUAUUUAGCCAGUUCAUGUAUGAUGAGCACAUCAAAUCCCGGCUGAUCAAAGAUAUCAGAUUCUUCAGAGAGGUUAAGGAUCAAAAUGAUCACAAGUACCCUUUUGAGAGAGCAGAAAAGUUCAACCGGGGGAUCAGAAAGCUUGGAAUUACACCUGAUGGACAAAGUUACCUUGACCAGUUCAGACAGUUAAUAAGCCAAAUAGGGAAUGCCAUGGGCUAUGUACGAAUGAUAAGAUCGGGUGGGCUUCACUGCUGUAGCAGUGCUAUCAGGUUUGUUCCUGAUCUCGAAGAUAUAGUUAACUUCGAAGAACUUGUGAAAGAAGAAGCCCUCUCAGAAGAAACACAAAAAGCAGCCAGGCAACUGGAUUUUGUUCUUAGCGAUCUUACACGAAACUCUGCUGAAGGCACAGAGUACUUCAAAAUGCUUGUAGACGUUUUUGCUCCUGAAUUUCGCAGUCCAAAGAACAUGCACCUGCGUAAUUUUUAUAUAAUUGUUCCUCCACUGGCUCUCAACUUCAUAGAACAUUCGAUCAGCUGCAAGGAAAAACUGAACAAAAAGAACAAAGCUGGUGCAGCCUUCACUGAUGAUGGUUUUGCCAUGGGUGUAGCUUACAUUCUGAAGCUUUUGGAUCAGUACCAAGAAUUCGACUCCCUCCACUGGUUCCAGUCUGUCCGAGAGAAGUAUGUGAAAGAGAUCAGAGCAAUAGCAAAACAGCAGAAUGUUCAGUCAAGCAGUCAAGAUGAAAAACUGCUACAGACGAUGAAUCUUACUCACAAGCGACUGGAUGUUUGUUUGCAGGAAUUUGAAUUGCUCUAUUUCUCACUAAGCAGUGCAAGAAUCUUUUUUAGAGCAGAUAAAACUGCAGCAGAAGAGAGUCAAGAGAAAAAAGAGAGAGAAGAAGAAUCGGCAAAAACAAGCAAUGGAGACCUGUCUAACUCUUCUUCUGCAGAUCCUGUUGUGAAAUGAGAGCUCUGGUGUGCAUUCAUUUACAUGAAAUCUGAAGCAGUGAUGCUUUUUUGAAAUUGAUGGGACCAAAGUGGCAUAGAAUUUUUCACCAUCUGAAUCCAUCUGAAUCCGGAAGUGACCCAGCAGCGCCUUCCAAGUGUACAAUAAUCCUUAAUUGUUCAAUUUAGGUUUGCGUUUCGUCAUCCUUUCUGUUCAAGUGUGCCAUGAGCCUGCUGUGUAGCCUAAUUUAUGGUUUUUUUAAUGUGCUUGUUUUGAUAGUUUCAUGACUUUGUUUUUUAAAAUUCUGUUGAGUUGUGAGAGAUAUGAAAUUACCAUCUUCAGCACUGCUGUUUGCUCAUUUCUUUCUGUCUUUACUUGCGUCCUUGCCUGAAAGUCUUCUGUCAUAGACCUUAGGUCAGCCUCAGCCCUUCAGACAUUGAUGCUAUGUUCCCAUUUCACUCUGUAGCUUCUAAAUGGAGAGAAAUCUUAGUUUUAAGAGUAUCAUAUGGCCUGCGAUGCAGUUCUAACCGAACUAACAUGGUCUUGAUUAUACAUUCUUGAAAAAGAAUGGCUUUAGUCUUCAGCUAGGCUUAAAAUCAUGCAUAUGCACUGUUUCUGUGAAUAUAUACAUAUGUACAUUCUAUUCUCUCUGUGAAUACAGGUUGGUAAUUAUCGCGCUCUGAACUUCUCUAAAUGCAGUAUAAGCUAUGAGCAAAGCUGCUUCCAAUAUAACCAGUUCAUAGGGGAGCUGUUUCUAGUUUGCAUUCCUGCAGCUGCUAGCGAUAACAUUCCUACUAGUGCCAUGCUGCGGGAACUACAGAAGAAAGCUUUUUAUUUCUUGGGGCUUCAAGCAGACAAUUGUUCUUGCACCUGGGAUGUGUAGGUGUGUGAUUGAUCUGGGGGAAAACAUCUGCAGUCAUUUAACGUCAACGAUAAAAGCCAGCAUAUUAAGAUGAUGUGGCAGUACUGUUCUCCCUUCUCCCCUCUCCUGUCUGUUCUCAGGCAUGAAAGCACCAACUACAGACAUUUUCCAUGGGGCUUUAUAAAGACAGACACCAAGGGAAACUUCCCCCCUACAUCUGGACUUCAUGCACUCUUGACUUCUUGCCAGGGGUUUUUUUUUUGGUGUGUGUGUGGCAUAUGUAACAGAACAUGAAUCGACAAGCUCAGUCCUCAUAACAAAAGUCCCAAGUGGAAGAGGAUUAAACCGAGAAGGGUGCCCUCAGCUGCUAAAUGGUCUCAAAGAGCUUUUCUAGCCUGGCAGCGUUGGGGACGAUGGUCAAGACAGCAAAGCCACCAAAGCACUUUGACGGUACACUUGUACGUGUGAGCUUCUGACCAAAAUGCAGCUUUUGAGGCCAUGCUGCAUGUUGUCAUGGAGGUAAAAUUGACCAGUUCACCUGAUCAGUAGUUUAUGUUCAAAUUCUCAGGAAUGAAGGGGACCAAAUAUAACACCUUAGUCUAACUCAUUUCAUUAAAAGGUAUUUUGUUACCUUACUUUUUUUUUGUUCUGUAAAAUAGUCUGUACGUAAUGUUAAUAAAUGUCAUGUUAGAAACUG